CCGCUACCUCCUCCUCCUCCUCCUCCUCCUACUCCUCCUCCUCCUCCUCCUGCAGCCUGCUCCCAUCGACGCUGAAAGCCUACACCAAGAGGAUACGGAUGUUGACCAAGACAACAUAGUCUAUUAAUAUUUCACAGAGAGUGUAAAGCGAUCUGAGGGCUGCUGGUGGUGGUGGUGGGUGUCCGGAGAGGUGGUGCGGUCCGUCCAUCUGCUCUGCACAGGUUCCACAUGUCCGGCUCAGAGGAGACGAUGACGACGAUGGCGAUGAAGGAGAGGGAGGUUGUCUCCAGCUUCUGGCCUCAGUAGGAGCUUCUCCAUCCCUGCCAACCUUCACCUUCGACUCCUCGACGCCCCCCCCCACCUUCCAGGCAGGAUGACCGUGGUGUCCACCGAAAACAUGGACGAGACCUCCACCCUGCCGGGCCACCCGCAGGACCCCUACCCGCCGGACGACGACCAUGACGACCACGACUGCUGCGAGCGCGUCGUCAUCAACAUCUCGGGGCUGCGCUUCGAGACGCAGCUCAAGACGCUCGCACAGUUCCCAGAAACCCUCCUGGGCAACCCCAAGAAGCGGAUGAGAUACUUCGACCCUUUACGCAACGAGUACUUCUUCGACCGGAACCGGCCCAGCUUCGACGCCAUCCUCUACUACUACCAGUCCGGGGGGCGGCUGCGCAGACCCGUCAACGUGCCGCUGGAUAUGUUUUCGGAGGAAAUAAAGUUUUACGAACUGGGUGCGGAGGCGAUGGAGAAAUUUCGUGAGGAUGAAGGAUUUAUCCGGGAGGAGGAGCGGCCGCUGCCAGAGAAGGAGUUCCAGCGGCAGAUCUGGCUCCUGUUCGAGCACCCGGAGAGUUCGGGGCCGGCGCGAGGCAUCGCCAUCGUCUCGGUGAUGGUGAUCCUUAUUUCCAUAGUCAUAUUUUGUUUGGAGACUUUGCCGGAGCUGAAGGAGGACCCCGGCGGCCGGAUGCAUAUCGUUGGAAACACCACGGUCUAUUACCACGCCAACGUGCUGACAGACCCGUUCUUCGUGGUGGAGACGCUCUGCAUCAUCUGGUUUUCCUUUGAGUUGAUUGUACGAUUCUUUGCGUGUCCAAGCAAGGCUGCGUUCUUUAAGAACAUGAUGAACUCCAUCGACAUCGUGGCCAUCAUCCCGUACUUCAUCACGCUGGGCACGGAGCUGGCCGACGACCAGGAGAACCGGGAGGGGAAGGGCGGCGGCGAGCAGGCCACGUCCCUGGCCAUCCUGCGGGUCAUCCGCCUGGUGCGGGUCUUCCGGAUCUUCAAGCUCUCGCGGCACUCCAAGGGUCUGCAGAUCCUCGGGCAGACCCUCAAAGCCAGCAUGCGCGAGCUCGGCCUGCUCAUCUUCUUCCUCUUCAUCGGGGUCAUCCUCUUCUCCAGCGCCGUCUACUUCGCCGAAGCCGAGGAGAAGGAGUCCUUCUUCACCAGUAUCCCGGACGCCUUCUGGUGGGCGGUGGUGUCCAUGACGACCGUCGGCUACGGGGACAUGUACCCGGUGACCAUCGGGGGGAAGAUCGUGGGCUCGCUGUGCGCCAUCGCGGGCGUGCUGACCAUCGCGCUGCCGGUGCCGGUCAUCGUGUCCAACUUCAACUACUUCUACCACCGGGAGACGGAGGGCGAGGAGCAGGCGCAGCUGCUCAACGUCAGCAACCAGAACCUGGCGUCGGACACCAACUCCAGCCGCCGCAGCUCCUCGGUGGUCAGCAAGUCGGAGUACAUGGAGAUCGACGAGGACAUGAACAACAGCAUCGACAACUUCCGGGAGGCCAACCUGAGGACUGCCAACUGCACCGCGCCCAGCCAGAACUGCGUGAACAAGACCAAGCUGCUGACGGACGUGUGAGGAGCCGCCCACGCCUCGCUGUACAUAGUGUAGAAAAUACCUGGAUGCUUUAUCUCCAUCGGUGCAUUUUACUCUUUUCUUUGAUUCCUUCAAAUGUGUGAAGAUUUUCAGCCUCAAGAGGUCAAAUUAUUAC